GAUCAGAGGAAUUCAUGGAACCAAAGAAGCAGACACAGCAAGGGCCAGGGCCUCAAGUCAGACAAAGGAGCAAGUGCUCAGGAGCUCUCAGGGAGAGGUCAGUCUGAGCAGGGUCCCUACCACCUGUGCCUGGAGGGCCGCUGCUGAUUAGUAUGAUCAAAGAAACAUAGCCUAGUGAGGGACAGUUCCUGCUGCUGCUGCUGCUGCUGCUGCUGCUGCUGCUGCUGCUGAUCUCUCAGAAGUUGUCUCCAGGAAGGAACCCUGCUAAACUGCAGGUCGAACUAGGGGCCAUAACUCCCUGAAUUCCCCAGGCAUGGGGCCCAGAAUAGGUGAGGGGCAGCCCCAGAUGCCAGACAGGAACACCAAGGCCACAAUGAGCACAGAGGACAUGUGUGAAAGCAAAGUCAACCUGGAGCCUCAGGAGUCCUGUGAGGAUGCACAGCCCCAAGGGCUGUUCCGUAGCAUCAAGUUCUUUGUCCUGUGUCACAGUAUACUGCAGCUGGCACAGCUCAUGAUCUCUGGUUACCUCAAGAGCUCCAUCUCCACCGUGGAAAAGCGCUUUGGGCUGUCCAGCCAGACCUCAGGGCUACUCGCUGCCUUCAACGAGGUGGGGAAUGUAUCCUUGAUCCUGUUUGUGAGCUACUUUGGCAGCCGAGUACACAGGCCCCGUAUGAUUGGCUGUGGAGCUAUCCUGGUGGCCCUGGCAGGCCUGCUCAUGGCGCUCCCACACUUCAUCUCAGAACCAUACCGCUAUGACCGCAGCAGCCCUGAAGAUAGGUCCCGGAACUUUGACUCGUCCCUGUGCCUGCCCACGACUGUAGUUCCAGCUUCUGCCCUCUCCAACGACAGCUGUUCCAGCCACACAGAAGCCAAGCAUCUGACCCUGGUGGCGAUCAUGUUCACAGCACAGACCCUGCUUGGCAUCGGUAGUGUGCCCAUACAGCCUUUCGGUAUCUCCUACAUUGAUGACUUUGCCCAUCAUUGCAACUCACCCCUCUACCUUGGAAUCCUGUUCGCAGUAACCACGAUGGGACCUGGCGUGGCCUAUGGGCUGGGCAGCCUUAUGCUACGCCUUUACGUAGAUAUUGACCGGAUGCCAGAAGGAGGUAUCACCUUGACCUCAAAAGACCCCCGAUGGGUGGGCGCCUGGUGGCUGGGCUUCCUCAUCUCUGCUGGACUGGUAGUACUGGCUGCCAGCCCCUACUUCUUCUUCCCCAGGAAGAUGCCCAGGGAGAGACACGAGCUUCACUUCAGGCGGAAGGUCUUGGCAGGUUCGGCCUUGAUUGUCAGAAAGGGCGAGGAACACUCCUCUCAACAGGAGCCUCUAAAGAAAGAGGCUGGAUUGGCCCAGAUUGCCCAGGACUUGACUGUGGUCCAGUUUAUCAAAGUCUUCCCUAGCGUGCUGCUGAGGACACUGCGUCACCCCAUCUUCUUGCUGGUAGUCCUAUCCCAGGUGUGCACCUCAUCCAUGGUGGCAGGGAUGGCCACCUUCCUGCCUAAGUUCCUGGAACGCCAGUUUUCCAUCACAGCCUCCUUUGCCAACCUGCUUCUCGGCUGCGUCAGCAUCCCCAUGGCCAUUGUGGGCAUCGUGGUGGGAAGUGUCCUGGUCAAGCGGCUCCACCUGAGCCCCGUGCAGUGCAGCGCCCUCUGCCUGCUGGGGUCACUGCUGUGUCUGCUGCUCAGCUUGCCACUUUUCUUCAUUGGCUGCUCUACCCAUCAUGUUGUAGGCAUCACCCGGGACCUGGGUGCCCAGCCAGGAACAAGCCUGUUUCCUGGCUGCGCAGAGCCCUGCUCCUGCCAAUCGGAUGACUUUAACCCUGUUUGUGACACCAGUGCCUAUGUGGAGUACACCACGCCCUGCCAUGCUGGCUGCACAGGUCGUGUGGUCCAGGAAGCUCUGGGCAAAAGCCAGGUUUUCUACACCAACUGCAGCUGUGUGGCAGGGGAUGGCAUGGUGCCCGCAGGCUCCUGUGAUUCGGCCUGCGGCCAUCUGCUGUUGCCCUUCAUUCUCCUGAUCAGCCUGGGGGCAGCGGUGGCCAGCAUCACCCACAUACCUUCCUUCAUGCUCAUCCUAAGGGGAGUGAAAAAAGAAGAUAAGACCCUGGCAGUGGGAAUGCAGUUCAUGCUCCUCAGAGUAUUAGCCUGGAUGCCUAGCCCUGUGAUCCACGGCAGCGCCAUUGACACCACCUGUGUGCACUGGGCCCUGAGCUGUGGGCGGCGAGCCGUCUGUCGCUACUAUGACCAUGACCUGCUCCGAACCCGAUUCAUAGGCCUCCAGUUCUUCUUCAAAAGCGGAUCCCUGGUGUGCUUUGCCUUAGCUCUGGCCAUCUUGAGGCAGCAGAACAAAGAAGUCAGAGCCACGGCCACCGUGAAGAGCUCUGAACUUCAACAGCAAUUGUAGGCAUCGGGACCACAGAAUAAACCCAGGGAUCCCGGGAGGUCGACAGUCC